AUGUUAACUGAAAAAGUGCUAUAUCGCUUUAAAAACUUAAAGGUUCAUCCAAAUGGACCAAAGAUUCUUGCUCGAAAUCUCAAUAAAAUAUUCACUACAACUACUUUUGAUUUCAUAGAAACACAAGAAGCAAUCAAUGACGUAUGUGAAUUAGAAUGUUCUCGAGAAGAAGCUGAUUUUAUUGAAUCACAUUUAUUAUCUUCCAAUACUAAACGAAAAUUAUUUGACAAAUAUGAAGUUUUAGUGACAAAGAAUCCAUGUCUUUAUUCAGGUGAUCUUCGUCGUCUAGAAGCUGUUGAUAUUCCUACACUUCGGCCAUUUAUUCAUGAUUGUAUUGUAUUUCCUGUUGUUGAAUCUCGACCACAUUCAAAUGAAAUUGCCGGGUCUGAUCUAGAUGGUGAUCAAUAUUGGGUUUAUUGGGGAAAAGAACUCAAAGUUAAUAAAAUAAUAUCACCAUUAGCUUAUACACCAAUGUCGAAAACAAGAAUACCAAAAAUUACAUCUGAAUUAAUUGUUACUCAUAUUCUUGAUAUCCUAGAUGAUCAAAAAUUUUGCAUUAUCAGUAAUACACAUGCAGUUAUAGUUGACAAACAUUCGAAUGGUACAAUGUCGACUGAGUGUAAAUUUCUUGCAGAACUUUUCCCUCGAGCUAUUGAUUCGAUUAAAACUGGUGAACAAAUCGAUAUGAAAAUAGUCAACAAAUUAAGAGAAACAUGGUAUGAUACAUAUCCAAUAUGGAUGAUGAAAGAUGAUAAAUUAAGUUACGAAAGUCAAUCGAUUAAUGGAUAUUUAUUUAAUAAAGCUCAGAAUUUGCGAAUUAAAGGAUUAAUAUUAAAUAUGAAAUCAUAG